AGUAUCGACCAAUUCUGUCUUUCAACAUGUUCUGUAAAGUACUGGCUUUAAGCGCGGUGUUAGCGGUGGCCAACGCUGGUCUCCUGGCUACUCCCGCAGUUCACUACUCUCCAGCUUCCGCGGUCUCCUCACAAAGCAUCGUGCGCCAUGAGCAGCCAAUCGCCGUAGCCACUAACGUUGCAUACCAAUCUGCUCCAAUUGCAUACGCGUCUCCCGCUCGGUACUCCGCCGCUGUCUCCUCACAAAACAUCGUCCGCCAUCAACAGCGUAUCGCCGUAGCCGCUCCCAUUGCCUACAACACCGCCUCUUAUGCCUCACCUCUCUCUUACGCUGCUCCAGCACGUUACUCAUCUGCCGCUGCAGUCUCCUCCCAGAACAUCGUUCGCCACCAACAGCCGAUCGCCGUAGCCGCUCCCAUUGCCUACAACACCGCCUCUUAUGCCUCACCUCUCUCUUACGCUGCUCCAGCACGUUACUCAUCUGCCGCUGCAGUCUCCUCCCAGAACAUCGUUCGCCACCAACAGCCGAUCGCCGUAGCCGCUCCCAUUGCCUACAACACCGCCUCUUAUGCCUCACCUCUCUCUUACGCUGCUCCAGCACGUUACUCAUCUGCCGCUGCAGUCUCCUCCCAGAACAUCGUUCGCCACCAACAGCCGAUCGCCGUAGCCGCUCCCAUUGCCUACAACACCGCCUCUUAUGCCUCACCUCUCUCUUACGCUGCUCCCGCUCGUUACUCAUCUGCCUCUGCAGUCUCCUCCCAGAACAUCGUUCGUCACGGACAGGCCAUUGCUCCCGCCCGUCUGGCCUACCAAGCCGCUCCUGCUAUAGUCGCUCCCGUCGUCCACGCUUCCCCAUUAGUCCACGCUGCUCCAGCCCGCGCCAUCAUCGCCCAACACGAGGAAUACGAUGCACACCCCAGCUACGACUUCUCCUACUCCGUAGCCGACGGCCACACCGGUGACAACAAGUCCCAGCACGAGAGCCGCGACGGAGAUGUUGUACAUGGUGAAUACUCCCUGGUUGAAGCUGACGGCUCAAUCCGCCGCGUAGAGUACACCGCUGAUGACCACAACGGCUUCAACGCUGUCGUCAGCAACUCUGCACCCGCUCACACUCAAAGAAUCCUCGCUCACUAA